AUGUUUGUUAAAGCUUCCAUCCCUGUCCUCGCUCUCUUCGGCCUUGUGGCCAAAGCCAGCCAGUCAGUCAUCCCAGGUUACAACGUCGUCGACAUCGAAUGGCAGGUGCAAGUCACUGCUGGCGGCCCUACUGUCAAUGUGACAGGCACUGUUGAGGAGGUCUACGCUCAUCUCAAGACUCUCAACCCUGGCUUUGAGGAAGAGUUCCCUCCUGUCGCCCACAACGACGUCAUUGAGGCUCGUGGAGCUGACUACACCAUGCAAAGCUACUAUUGCCACGGUCCGUGGCCCACCUGUAGCUGGUAUCGUAUUCAGCAGGGCGUCAGCUACCUCGACGGCGUGCCUGGACGACCAUCCCAAGGUCCGGGCCCCGGCAGCUGUGGUCGUGUAAGCUGCUCUUACAACUCUGCCAUCUACUGGUGCAACGACAACAACUACCAGUACACCCUCAAUUCAUUCUAUGACAUUGCAAGCGGUGCGAACUUCAUCGGCCAGACCUGUCUCACUGGAACCGAUUCAACCUCCGGUCAAAUCUUUUAUACCGACAAUUGGAACGUGAUUGUCCGUGCCGACAGCUGCUAA